AUGCUCUCGUGGCAUGCCUGGUGGACCUGGGACUUGUCGCUACUGCUCUUUGGCUUGUCAAUCCAUGCUGGUGCAGCAGCUCAGAUCAUAGAAGAACGAGGCUCAAAAAGACACCUUGACCUCACGGAGUUAAUAGGAGUCCCUCUUCCUCCUUCUGUCUACUUUGUCACGGGCUAUGGAGGGUUCCCAGCUUAUAGCUUUGGUCCAGACUCCAACAUCGGCCGGCUGACCAGUGCUAUCAUACCAUCACCUUUCUACAGAGAUUUUGCUAUCGUGGUCACCGUGAAACCAAACAAUGACCAUGGAGGAGUGCUCUUUGCAAUAACAGAUGCCUUCCAGAAAACAAUCUACCUAGGACUGAGGAUUUCACCCGUUGAUGACAGCACCCAGAGAAUAAUCAUGUACUACACAGAGCCUGGAUCCCGUAUCUCCCGAGAGGCUGCUUCCUUUAAAGUGCCAGUGAUGACUAACAGGUGGAAUAGAUUUACAGUGACUGUUGAGGGGAAUGAUAUUGCUUUGUUCAUGGACUGUGAAGAGUAUCAAAGGCUUCAGUUUCAAAGGCCUGCUCGAACCUUGGUAUUUGAAUCUGGCUCUGGCAUAUUUGUUGGUAAUGCAGGAGCCACAGGCCUGGAAAAGUUCACAGGCUCAAUUCAACAUCUGACAAUAAAAUCUGACCCAAGGGCUACUGAGGAUCAUUGCGAAGAUGAUGACCCUUAUGCUUCAGGGGACAGCAGUGGCAAUGGCCGCAUUCAAGAACAUGACAGUUCUGAGGCACAAGAAGCCCUUGCACCUUCUCGUCUUCCCAUAAGGCCUGAAGAUACAUUGGCUGAGCCAGUGGAAGCCCCCCCAACCAUACUGGCUUAUUUGGAAGAGAAUGAUUUCUCUGGAAAUCACAGAUCAGAAGAAACCUCAGAAGCAGAUAAAUUUAAAGAACAAGCUGUCAUGGAAACUGGACAAGGCAACAGUGAGUCUACCACUGUCACACAGAAAAUGUUAAGAGAAGAAGAUGGCUCUGGUGCUGAUGUUUUGCCAGGAGUAAGCAGAGAGGAGGGCCAGAAAGGUCAGGAAGUAGAGGAUGGGUCCACAGAGUCUCUAGGAGGGUCAGGAAUAGAUGUGGAAAAUAAAGAACAAGGACCUUCUGAAUCUCCAGGAAAACUUGGGCAACUUGGUCAGCCUGGCAUUCCUGGUAAAAAUGGGCUACCUGGUAAAAAUGGACUUCAGGGGUUGCCAGGACUGAAAGGAAAAGCAGGCCCUAAAGGUGAAAAGGGUGAUCCUGGCGAGGGAUUGCCAGGACCCCCUGGACUACCAGGACCCACAGGACCAUCUGCUCCUUCCAGAGGAUUAAAUAGACUAGAACCUGAAGAAUUGGGUUCUGGAGAUUCUGAUAGAGAGACAGAGAUUUUAAGGGGUCUUCCGGGGCCACCAGGCCCUCCAGGACUGCCUGGUCUUCCAGGAAACCCAGCACCUGAUUCAGGUGUAGGACCUCCUGGGUCACCAGGAGAAGAUGGAGCUUCAGGGGAGCAAGGCCCUGCAGGCCCUCAAGGUCCUCCUGGCUGUGAUGGAGUGGUUGGCCCUCCAGGAUGGAAGGGAGAAAAGGGUGAUCAAGGUCUGCCUGGUUCUGCUGGUCCAAAGGGUGAUGCUGGAGUUACCGGAUCAAUAGGUCCUAAAGGAGAAGCUGGUCCUAUUGGGUCUCCUGGAAAACCUGGACCACCUGGACCUCCUGGGCCUCCUGGACCUCCUGGACCACCAGGACUAAGUUACAGCUUGGGAUUUGAGGAUAUGGAAGGAUCAGGUAGCAUCAACCUGUUAAGUGAAUCAAGAAUUCCUGGAUCAAGGGGACCAAAGGGUUCUGCAGGAAGACCUGGACAUCGUGGACCCUUAGGACCAAAGGGAGAAAGAGGCAACAUAGGUCCCCCAGGUUCAAAGGGGAUGCCAGGCACAGAUGGAAAACCAGGCUUCCCUGGCAUUGCUGGGCAUCCCGGAGAAAUGGGUCCAAAAGGAGAGAAAGGUGACCCAGGACUUCGGGGUGAACCAGGACAGGACGGGAGCAGUAUUGUGGGACCACCUGGACCACCAGGACCACCAGGGUCAGUCAUAGCAAUACCUGAGUUACUUCUCAAUAACACAGAUGGAAUUUCUAAUUUUGCUGAAAUUAAAGGACUUCUUGGGCCACCAGGGCCAGAUGGCAAGCCAGGUCUACCAGGAUUUCCUGGCCCUCGAGGUCCAAAAGGUGACACUGGUUUGCCUGGAUCACAAGGACCUAAAGGACAACAGGGUGAAAAGGGAGAACCAGGAGCUAUCAUUUCUGCUGAUGGAUCUUUAACUGAAUUAUUAGGAAGAAAAGGAGAGAAGGGUGAAGCUGGAGUGAUGGGACCAGUGGGACCAAUGGGACCAAUAGGACCUACUGGACCCAAAGGAGAGCUUGGCUUCCCAGGACGCCCAGGCCGUCCAGGACUGAAUGGUCUGAGAGGUGUGAAAGGUGAUCGAGGUGAAGCACUUAAUGGUCUUCCUGGCUUGCCUGGACCCCCAGGGCCCCCCGGACCUCCAGGACGUAUUCUUUUUAUCAAAGGAACAGUUUUCCCAGUCCCUCCCAGGCCUCAUUGCAAAAUGCCAGUGAGCCCUCCCUAUACUGGAAAUCAAGAAGUUCUUAAUAACCAUGGCGGCAAAACAAAUGGAGAUUCCUGGGAACUGCACAGUUCAGCACACUUAAAGGGAGAAAAGGGAGACAGAGGUGCUCCAGGACCACCAGGUCCACCUCUGCCUCCAUCAUAUUUCAGCCAUUUUAUUAAUAGCAUAAAGGGUGAAAAAGGAGACAAUGGAGUCACCGGUGUAAAAGGAGAAAAAGGAGAACCAAAUGGAGGGUUUUUUCUGACAGGACCUCCUGGACCACCUGGAAGACCAGGAUUAAUUGGACCAAAAGGGGACUCAGUUGUUGGGCCCAGAGGACCUCCAGGAUUACCUGGACUACCUGGCUUACCAGGUUAUGGAAAAAUUGGACCUCCUGGCCCACCUGGACCACCUGGACCACCAGGCCCCCCUGCAAUAUAUGGCUCAGGCCUCAUUUACACAGCAGCAGCUGCAAUGCCUGGGCCACCAGGUCCUCCUGGAGAGCCAGGGUCACCUGCCACCAGGAAUCUGGUUACGACAUUCCAAAACAUUGAGGGUAUGUUGGAAAAAGUUCAUUAUGUAGCAGAAGGUACACUAAUCUAUCUGAGGGAAACCAGUGAGGUUUUUAUCCGUGUUCAGAAAGGAUGGAGAAAAUUGCAGCUUGGUGAGCUAAUUCCUAUCCCUGCUGACAGCCUUCCUCCUCCCGCCAUAUCAAGCCAUGGAAUUCAGUCUAUUCCAGCACUGAGACCAAUAUCAAAUAUGAAGAAUGGAAAACCAGCCUUGCAUCUGGUGGCUUUGAACUUCCCAUUGUCUGGUGACAUGCGAGCAGAUUUUCAGUGUUUUCAGCAGGCCCAGCUUGCUGGUUUGACAUCCACCUACAGAGCCUUCCUCUCAUCGCACUUGCAAGAUCUGGCCACAGUUGUCAGAAAAACAGACCGACACAAUUUGCCAGUAGUCAAUCUUCAGGGAGAAACCCUUUUCAGUAACUGGGAAUCUAUAUUUGAUGGAAAUGGUGGACAAUUCAACAUUCAUGUUCCAAUAUACUCCUUUGAUGGCAGGAAUGUCAUGACUGAUUCAUCUUGGCCUCAAAAAAUAAUAUGGCAUGGUUCAACUGCAAAUGGGAUUCGACUGGUUAGCAACUACUGUGAAGCCUGGCACACAUCUGAUAUGGGAGCUAUGGGACAAGCAUCGCCUCUGAACACAGGGAAGCUUCUUGACCAGAAAGUAUAUAGCUGUAAUAAUCAAUUUAUUGUUCUCUGUAUUGAAAACAGUUUUGUAUCUGAUCCUCAAGGAAAAUAAUCCACCUGCUGCACAUAGGAAUAUUCCAUUUGAUGACAGAAAAAGCUGACACUGAAAUUUCAUUUGUAAUUAUGUAAAUAUUUUAAUUUUUGUAAUUGCACAUUUCAGAAAAGAAAUAGACAAAGAAAACAUACCUCAACACAAACCACAUUCCAGUUAGGUGGAACAUCCAGUGCACAUGACUGGCUUAAAGCCUUUACUUCCCCUUGAACCCCAUGCGCUUUGAAACUUGCCAGCAGUUAACUCAUGUUCUGCCUGAGCUGGAGGUCACCUAAGGGCACGAGCCAAGUGUGGUGAGGAAGAUCCAGUAGCCUGCCUCGUAAGCAGUGUGGCUUAGCAAGGCUGCUGCUUCACAGCUGAGAAACUGCAUGCUCCAUGCUGUCCUUUUCACUUGUGUAGAUUUUGGAUACCCAAGGCAUCGUUCAUAUAUACUCAUAUAUACAGUGAAUACUGGGAGGCUGUUUUACCUUAUAAAGCUCACAUUUGCAAAACAAAGCUUUAAGACCAAAUGUACUCACCUCCCUGAGUUUUGGUAGAAACCAAGUUACCUGACUCCUGUAGGCUUGUAUGGAUCUCAGCCUGGUGCUUACACAGAAAUAUUGCAGCUCCCACAUCUUAUUUCAGCUUUUCUCUUUGCAGAUUCUAGAUAUAAAACUUUAUUCAGGAGGAGUAAAUUUCAUAUUGACAAAAUCUGGUCUUUAUUUUGGUGCUAUUGUUACCAGGAAACCUGAAAGCAAUGUAAUAGAAAACAUCCUGUUUAACUGGUAGAACUGAACAAAACAAA